AUGGCCUCGGCCGCGCUCGCCUCCGCGGCUCACGCCGCGGUGCGACCCCGCGUCGCGUCCAGGUGCGACAGACCCCUCUCUCCCUCCCCUCUCGCGCCUCCUCCUCCCGCGCGCGCCGCCGACUCCCCGAGACGCGUCCGCGUCGACGUGUCCCACCACGAGAUCUCGCGGCUCACCUCCCGCGCACCUCUUCGCCACACCCCUCACGGCAGGAGCGGUCGCGCCCUGUCCCGCGCCUCGGUCCGCGCGCGCGCUGGCUCGCCCACCGCGUCCAUCUCCACGUCCCCGCUCAGCGAUACCCCCGCGGACGCCCCGUCCGACCCCCUCGCGGCGCUCCAGGGCGCGCUCGUCCAUCACGCCCCGACCGGCGACCUCGUCGACCUCGGCGAGAAACUCGCGCUCGACGCGUCCCGAGGUGAGACCACCGUCCUGGCGAUACAGCUCCGGCGGGACGUUAAACCGGCGCUGGACGCGCGAGGCGUGAACCUCGUGGCGGUGUCCAUCGGCACACCGGAGAGGGCCAAAGAGUUCGUGAAAGAGACUGGGUUUCCAAUUGACAAUUUGUACGCAGACCCGGACGCCCUGUGUUACGACCGGUUGAAGCUCAACAAGAGCCUAAAAAACUUCAGCCAGAAGAGCACGCCGGAGGCGUUGGCGGCGCGGUGGUCCAAGGACGGCGCUAAGGACCUGUUCGACGUGUUAAAGCGGUGGAAGCCGUGGAUACCGCCCAAGCCCGAGCAGGGAUUCCAGCAGGGCGGCACCUUCGUGUUCGUUGGGGACGAGUGCGCGUACCGGUUCUACGAUCCGAGCACGGGGGUGAACGCGCCGUUCGACGAUUGGCUCAUCGCCGCGGGGUGCGAGCCGUUGGGCGUCAACCAGCCGGCGCCGGUGCCGAGGGAGCUGCGAGACGGAGGGGGCAAAGAGGCGGGGCGGUGA